AUGAACUCGCAACUCUGUAAAGUCUGUACCAAGCUCAAUAUCGAGGAGCUCGUUUCUGAACAGGGUUUCGCCUUACACAGCAAUCUUGCAAGACUCCACGAGUCUUCAGCUAUUUGUCAGCUGUGCAGUCAUGCCAUCAAGUGGAUCUCAACAGGCAACAUCGAAUUGAACCGUUUCGACGACAAUAUCGAGUAUCUCACUAGCCUGCAGGCUCGCGUCUUCUAUUGGCGUCAUGUCCACAACAAACAGGGCCUAACCAUAGUCGUCUCGCAAGUAGGCUCUCAAAUCCCGAACAAAGGCGAGGAAUUUUCUUGGCUUUUGAUGAGAACAUUGGACGGAGAUCCUGCGGAGAGAUUGGGAGCCAAGACUGCACGGCUGAUACCCGAGACCACUUGUAGUUCGGAGUCUACCAUCCAAGGACUAAAGUGGUUGAAGAAAUGCUUAAUUAGCAAAGACUGUUUCGAACAAUGUACACAUGCUGCCGAUCAUGAACUUGAACAAGGCCUUGCAGAGACACAUGGUCUUAAUGGCUUACUGCAUUCAGCUGCGUCCGACAGGUCGUUUGAGCAGAAAGAGGAUCAACGGAUACAAUUAUGCAGAGACAUCCAUACUCUCUACCAGAAACGAAACUUUCCGCAAGAUAGAAAUGCCACCAACGAAGAACGCGCAGCCAGGCUAGUCGAAGUGGUUAAUACAGGAUCAACCAUCAACCUCAGACUAGUCGAUGAUACAAACCAGUGCACGCCCUACAUUGCACUGAGUUACAGAUGGGGUAGUUUGGACGCAGUUUGGCAAACAACAACGAAUAACUUGGAGUCGCGCCUAUCAGGCUUCUCUAUCGAUGACCUCCCAAGGACAUUAUCGGAUUCAGUCAAGCUGACUCGCGAUCUCGGUUUCAAAUGGAUCUGGAUUGAUAGCCUCUGCAUCGUGCAAGAUGACACGGAUGAUUGGGCUAGAGAAGCUCUCAAGAUGGCCACCACUUACCAAAACGCCAUUGUCACCAUUGCCGCGGACUCCAGCCCAAACGCCAAGGAAGGGCUGCACAACAGCAAGUCGACAUCCAUGUUCAACACUGAAGACAGUAUUAAAAUCCGUAACAAGCUUGCCACUGGCGAAGAAAGCUCAGUUUACCUAUUUCCCAACCAAAAGACAAGAAUCGACGAAUCGAUCACCAACUUACGAGAUAUGGGCGAUCUUCUCGGUCACUGUUCACUGCGAGACCGAGGCUGGACCAUGCAAGAGCGUAUUCUUUCACCGCGCAUCAUCCAUUAUGCUUCUGAUCAACUUUAUUGGGAGUGCUACCACGGAAUCCAGGAAAGUGAGGAUGAACUCCUCUGGAUGAGUCGCGGCUUGACCAUUCCAAAGAUAGCGCAUUGUGUCAGGUUAGCGAAGGAUGCUGAGCAAAAGAAAAAACAGUUGAAGAAACUACUUCGGUACUGGUAUGUUCAUUUAGUAGGAGGAGAUUACUCACAUCGCUCGUUGACAUACGGCGAGGACAAGCUCGUUGCUAUUGGCGGCGUAGCUAAAGCUCUCGACAGCAUCGACCCGAUGGGCUACAUGGUCGGUCACUGGGGAGAUGAUGAUGAUGAGCUUGUCAAAAGUCUCUGUUGGAAACGCGGCGGCCCUGGUCAGAAAGCUCCCAAGUACCGUGCACCUUCUUGGUCUUGGGCCAGCCAAGAUUCAGUCGUUGACUUCGGAAGUUACAGCCUUGUUGGGAUGGACGAUGAUAAGAUUGUAGCUGAGCCUGUUGCAUGGCAAGCUUCAGCUCCAGAUGGGACUUUCUUUGGGCGAUGUACCAACGCCUACAUCCAGAUUAAAGCAAAGUUCGCGCGUGGAACAGUCUUUCCAAAUUGCGGUCACGACUUUAGUAAUUACCAUCAAGCAGAAUUCGGCGCCGGAUACAGUGUUGAUCCUCCAAAGGAGAGGUGUGCAUUUCUCAUGCUUGAGGGUGGAGAGACAUCUGAUCUUGUCUGGCUGGAUGAAAGUCAAGUUAUGCAAGAUCCAGUGCGGGAGGGUAUUGAUGUCAAGGUUGUGAUGCUCUCUGAGAUUCAACCCGAAGGUGAAGAUCCAUAUCCAGGGGCUUGUUUGAUCUGCACUCUGGAUGAGAGGUAUCACUUGACUAGGAUUGGGUUUACCGAGAGUGUCAAGCCGUGGAAGGAAGGGCUAGGGAGAGAGGCUCCUUCGGUUAUUGGGCCAAAGCUUUGCGAUAAGAACGCUAUGGAGCUGAUCAUUAUCUAA